CGUUUACUUUGAAGGUCCUCUUCUCAUUUUGUGCACUUGAAGUGUACAUUGUAGAGAGGGAAACGCGUGCCGAGAGUGCGUGUGAAGCGAGAGUCGUCGUUUGCUCUCUUUCGCUCGGUUUUCAUUUAAGGAUUUCCCUCGCAGUCGAAUAGACUAGUUAUUACUGUAUUGUAAUUACAGCAUUGGCAGAAUAUGUAAAUGAAUAGCAACUUUCAAAAUCAACACAAUUUUCUGUUUUGUGAGUCGGGUGAAGAGUUUCCUUUGGAAUCCCGUUGGAGUGCGGAACGGAACUAUGCCCGUUGAUGGAAUAAUUCUUUUUGGUGAUUUCCUUUAGCGGGAAACCGAUACUGGUGGAAGCAGCCAUAUGGACCUUCGACUUGGAUUAUAAACUAAAAAGUAACAGCAAGAGUGCGACAUAUCAAUAGAGUUUGUGAACAACAUGAAACUAAUAGGAAUCUCGACCAGGGAAAUGGGAGAAUUCUGAGUCAUCUUCUGCCGCCCUGCUCCAACCUCAACUGCGUUGCGCUCCAAAUGAAAGAUUUUCUCACUGGAUCUAAGACGCACUGUGUACGCCAUCUGACGCCAGACCCAACAAUUUAUGAUUGUGAAGAUAGCUGUAAUUCUCCCAAAAGUGUUGGAAUACAAAGCACUCUUGUCUCUACAUUAACGCCUUUGGAUCCUAUUCGCCAAGCAAAGCGAUUGCCUAUCCGUAUUCUCAAGAUGUUGACCGCACACAGCCACUUGCUUCAUCCGGAAUACCUCCAGCCCCUGACUUCUGCUGCGGUUAGCAUAGAGUUGGAUGCCAAGAAGAGUCCCUUGGCCCUGUUGGCUCAGACGUGCUCCCAGAUAGGCAAGCCCGACCCUCCACCCAACUCCAAGCUGGGCUCCAUCUCCUCGGGGGGACACUCCGACAAAGAGCCCAGUUCUCGUUCCUCUUCCUCCAGCCUGAAGCUGGGCGAACACCGGCCUGUCCUGGAGGACAAGUCCAGCUUCAAGCCGUACGCAAAGGUGGGGUCGACAGAGUGCAGGAGGGAUGGCGUGAGCUCCACUAGUAACUCUAGCAGCAACAACAGUGGGGGCAGUGACAAAGUUGGCUUCCGGGUCCCCCACAGCAACAACAACAGCAGCAACAGUACUGGCUGCUCCUCGUUCCCCCCUCACUCUGUCUCCCCGAACUCUAGGGUCAACUCGGGGUCACCGCCACAGACGCACGGCGCGCUGUCGUCACACAGACAGACACAGUCCCCCUCCUCCCAGACAUCCAUCGGACACUCACACAUGCUGAACGGCGACCACAAAGGCGCCGACUCCACGAACUCUGACAGCGCGAGCAGCAAGAAGACGGAGGCGGAACGCGAGAGCAGCAAGUCCACAAAUCAUGACGCAGUUCAGCUGGCCAACUCCAGCCACGGCAGAGCCAGCGUCAACUCCAGCACGGGCAGCUCCGUGGGCAGCCCGCACCCGCACCACGACAGCAAGUCCGACUCCCAGUCCUCCCAGCCAGGUGGUGGCGGUAGCAGCCUGGGGCACGGACACAUCACCCCCAUCUCCCCUUUCAAAUCCGGACACUCCGUCUUCCCCCUGCCCUCCUCCGGCAUGGGCUACCACGGCUCCAUCGUCGGAGCGUAUGCCGGAUACCCUUCCGGCUACAUGCCCACGUUGGACCCCACCAAGACGUCCAGUCUCGCGGGGGUGCCGGGCAAGCACCCGAGCUCCAGCCCUCUGACGGGGGCCUCGCCUCCUUCCUUUAUGCAGGGCCUAUGUAGGGACCCGUACUGCCUGAGCUACCCGGGCGCCCAUCACCUGGGAGGGGGUAGUGGCUGCAACACAACCUGCAUCCACGACCCCACGUCCUCCUCCUCGGCACUCAAGCCCGGCUUCCCCCUGGUGUACCCGGGCCACCCCUUGCACUCGCUCCACGCCGGCGCGCUGACCUCCAGCAUGACACCGACGACCCUCUCGCACCCGCUCUACACCUACGGCUUCGUGCUGCCCAACGACCCCCUGCCGCACGCGUGCAACUGGGUGUCGGCCGGCGUGGGGCCGUGCGACAAGCGCUUCGGAACCUCCGAGGAGCUGCUGGCGCACCUGCGCACGCACACCACCUCUCUGCCCUCGGCGGCCGCCGCCGCUGCAGCCGCCUCCUCUCUGGACAGCCAGGCCAAGCUGCUCUCCUCCGCGUACCCCGGUUCGUCCGCGGCUGCAGCCGCCGCUGCUGCAGCCGCCGCGUGCCACCUCCACCUCCCCCAGAGCAGCCCGUCCUCCAUGCCCAGCUCCUUCUCACUGCGGGCGCCGCCCAGCCUGGGCCUGGCGCGCUACCACCCCUACGGCAAGGUGCCCCUGCCCGCCGCCGCCGCACACACCCUGCCUAUGCACUCGCUGCAGGCCGGCGCCCCGUACUACUCGCACUACGCCCUCUACGGGCAGAGGCUGGGAUCUGCGUCCGCCCUGGGCUACCAGUGAAACGAGGAGACGUGACGCGAAGUGAAGUCACGGUCACUCACAAGCGUAAAUCAAGGAAGGUAGCCGGCAUGGAGCUACAGUGAUGUUGUGCCCACAUGCAAGUAUACAUCCCAUCGGCUUGCUGAAAAGAGAGGAUGGGGUGAGGAAAUUGGGCAUGACUGCAUGCCAACAGACUGACUGGGCACACUACACUACGCAAAGUCACUGGAGGAGCUGGUAGCGAUAGCGUGUCCAUGUACUGCCAGAGACUGCCAGACAGAUACCCAAGCGGGUAUGGGGGGGGGUUGAGGGCGUCCUAUGCGAAAGUGUUUUUCCAGACUUGGGAAAGAAAGAUCGUGUUGAUUGUGAAACGUGCUUGUGAUGCUGAGAAAAUGUCUCUCUUGUUAGCAGAGCCGCUGGAUGCAUGCACGCUUUAGGGCCCUGGCUGUAGCAGAGACAAUGCAGGCAGGCAGGCCAGAGCUUUCAAAGAUUACUACAGAAAUAUGCCACCCGUGGACUUAACAGUUGUAUUUAUUUUCUACAGAGCGCUUCUUGCUUUUCAUGUUUAUAUUCCAAAAAUUUAAGUUUGUUCUUAAUAAUAAUUCUUAUACGAUGAUUGUAAUUAUGACAACACAUACUGACUUAAUCUAAAAAAAUAAAAAUAAACAAGGUUUAUAGUUCAUGGCGAUGGAAAGACCACAGUUAAACCCAUCUACAAGGAAACACAACGAAGCAUUUUCCUUUUUUUCCUUCUUUUAUUCUGCUACGUAAGCUUUCUUUCUUUUCAUGUCUUUUUACGUUCUUUGCUUUUUUUCCUUUCAUGGGUCUUUUCAGUUCAGGAUGAAUGUGCAUGUCAAACUCUCGCCUCCUGCUCUUUGAUGACGCUUGAUAUUUUUUAUUUGUACAGCUGAUGAAUAAUCUGUAAAGGAGAUGUAAUAUUUUUUGUAAUGUGUUUGAGUGAGCAGCCUCGGGUAGCAAAGAGACUUGAAGAAAAAACAAAAAGAAAACAAAUGAUGGCAGUGCUAUCCAUUUUAAACUGGGAGGUCUUAUUUUGUUAAAUAAAUGACGUG